AUGCGCCUCACUUUCUGUUUACUUGCCCUCUGGGCCAUUGUCGCCUCCGCUGUCAACCCUCUGGUCAAACUCUCCUACGCUUCAUAUCUCGGCACGUCAUUGAAGAGCGGCGUCACGCAAUGGAUGGGCAUUCCCUACGCUGCACCGCCCGUCGGCAACUUGCGUUUUGCUGCGCCAAGAGAUCUGAAGAUCGACAACAAGCUGUAUCAAGCCGAUUCACACGGUCCCGCCUGCAUUGGUGUAGACUCUAAGCCAAGCGACUCUAGUGUGUCCGAGGACUGUCUGAAGCUCGACAUCUAUGCCCCGUCCGCGGCCUCCGCGGGCGCCGCUCUGCCCGUCUUCUUCUAUGUGCAGGGAGGCGGCUUUAGCGGAUCGGCCAAGCCACCCAACGGCUCAUCGCUUGUGGAGACCAGCGGAGGCAACAUGGUCGUCGUCACCUUCACUUACCGAGUUGGCCCCUAUGGCUUCUUGGGCGGCGUUGUCCCGAAGCCGAACAUGUCGCCAAAGUCGGCUCCUGACUACAGUGUCAACAACGGCCUGAAGGAUCAGCUGAAGGCUGCGCAGUGGGUUAAAGAGAACAUUGCAUGGUUCGGCGGUGAUCCCAACCACAUCGUCAUCGGUGGCGCCAGCGCUGGUGCCGGAUCCGUCGUCCUCCAUUUGGCCAAUCCCGCGAACAAUGCAACCUUCGUCGGAGCAACACUCGAGUCUGCCUCCUGGCCCGCUUUGCAGACUGCUGAAUCGACCCAGUACCAGUACGAAAACAUCCUCAACCUGACAGGAUGUGCCGGCAAAUGGGAUUCGCUCGCAUGCCUUCGGACGAUCGAUACCCAAUCAUUUCAGACGUUGACCCGCGGCAAGACCAUUGCGCUCCCAGGCGGCGACACUGCUCCUGUGUGGAUGUAUGGGCCGGUGCUUGAUGGAGACGUCGUACGCGAAUUCCCGUACAGCAGCUUCUACUCCGGUCACCAAAGCGACAUCCCGAUUCUCGUCGGUGACACGACGAACGAAGGUAUAAUCUUCACGCCUUCCAGCGCUGGCAAGUCGCUACAGGCCGCCGACGACUUCGUCCAGAGCCAGUUUCCGGGACUCACGUCGGGAAACCUCACCUACUUCCACGCGCACCUGCAGUACAAGCCUCUCAUCGCCGCUCGCAACUACCGCGGCUUCGCAUCUCAGCUUUACGGCGACAUCCGCUACGUGUGUCCCAACCUCUUCCUGUCCUGGGCUCUUCCCUCGCGCUCCCAAAACAACAACAUCUGGACCUACCGCUGGGACGUAGGUUCAGCGACCCACACGGCCGAGAGCUGGAGCGUCUGGAACGGUUUCACCGGCAAGAACUCUACCCUGGCGCCCCUUCAAACGUCGCUCCAUGCCUACUGGGUCUCCUUCAUCACCAAUCUCGAUCCCAACGCCAAAGCAGCGAAAUUCGCCGCCACGCAGAACAGCAAGAUCGCCGCUCCUGGCGCCUGGACGCGCAGCGCGAGCUCUGACCAGAAAUGGGCUGCGAGCCGCAUCUUGUUGACAGACAAAGCAUCGCUGCCCUUGGCUCCGAAGAUGGAGGCUGUGGACCCGGAGCAGUGGGAUGCCUGUGUCAGCCUGAUGGAGAUGGGAUUGCAGCUGCGGCAGUAA